AAAACGUUAUCUCAGCUGUUCCAGGUGCCAGACUGUUCGAUGGCAGUUUGAAGGAGGAGGAGGAGUUCUGGUGAAUUACAUGCUUAUAUGAGAGAAGAGUGUCACAAAACUCACUGUAUACAACAAGACGGUAUGCAGUUUUUGGCAACCCUAGUGUCUCUUUUGCUGGUGCUGUACAGUGUGAAAGCAGCUGCUGUGCUUCCAGUGGAGGAGAGGAACCUAGUGCACAGUAGGGAACUGAGUAAAGAGCGUAAGGAGCUGAUCCUAAAGCUGAUUUCUGGGCUGCUGGAUGAAGUAGAUAACAGCGUGCUUGCUGGGGACAUGGCACCAGCCCCUCUGGAGAUGGAGGAGCCUCUUGAGUCCCGUCUGGAAGAAAGGGCCAUCUACAACCGGUUAUCACAGCUGCCACAGCGUGACCGAAAAGCCCCCUGCAAAAACUUCUUCUGGAAGACCUUCACAUCGUGCUAACAGCUCAAGCCCUGCAACAAUUCCACACUCCUCCCUGAUACCUGACAUGAACUGUGUAGACCUCCACUGUACAUGCCAUCUCCAGUGUCUGAAGAAAGGUCUCCGGGGACUUACUCUGACACAGUCUGUUUGUUAAAGACAUUGAUGAUUAUAUUUAUUUAUUGAUCUAUUCUUUAAUAUAUUUAUGGACCUUUUUGUUAUUCAGCAUUAAAAAGAUUAAAGCAUGGUUAAGAUGUUUGCUUUUUUGAUCAAAUAUGUCUCAUUCACUGUGAUCAACAUAAAGAAAAACGUCAAAUUAUGUUAUGUUGACUGUUGAAUACAAAUAUAACAUAUAGUAUAGUAGUCUACAGUACAUACAGUAUAAACAUUUUCCUCAAAGAAUAGAUAGAAUUUAUUUGUUAUUGUAUUGUUUAAAUGUCAUUUACCAAGGCAGUGGUUGUUUGACACU